GGCAGUCCAGGGCCACGGUUUAGGCGAGCCUUCCGGCCUCAACGGGCCUCGGCAUUCAUUCCGCUGGCGGUGUCAAAGUGCUGUGAGAUGGCCUUCUGUACCGGGCGGAAAUGCUGCCGAGAACGACGGAAGAGGAGCAGGAGCAUGAUGGCCAGGAGGACCCACCCCGAGCAGAGCCUGAGGAGGAAGAUGGGGGAGAGGUCUUCUCCUUUAAAUACAGCCCCGGGAAGCUGCGGGGAAACCAGUACAAGAAGAUGAUGACCAAAGAGGAGCUGGAGGAAGAACAGAGAGUGCAGAAGGAGCAGCUGGAGGCCAUCUUCAAGCUCAUGAAGGACAACAAGGAGACGUUUGGGGAGAUGACAGACGGCGACGUGCAGGAGCAGCUCCGGCUCUACGACAUGUAGGCCGCCUCCGCCCGCGAGGCCCCGUCCCCGACUUGCCGGCUGCGGCAGGCUCGCUCGCUCGCUCUCGCGUCUGUAGCUGUAGAGGCGCUACACACGGGCCGUGCGGUUCCCAAAA